CCGCCAUCCUCACCUGAUCAUCUGGUCCCCAAACGCAACGCGCAUAGGAGUGCGCUGGGGCUCAGCUAAGCUCAGCUACGAUCUGGUUGCCGCAACGCAGCAGCAGCAAGGCGGGUUGGAGGUCAUCGCUCAUCCAAGCGGUUGCAUUGGCUUUCAACCAGCAGGCCCACUAGCAUCAUGUUCAAGCAGGACAAGCUGUGGACCGGCAAGCUAGCAGAUGCGGACGCCGGCCAAGGGACACCUGCCAGAGCGAAAGAUGGAGCUCAACUAGAAGCUGGCCCAUCCGCGUCAACACCCGACCCAGAGACAGCGCUCCCUGCGUUUCUGCAGACCCUGCAAUCCGCUUUGCAACCACCUACACGUCAUGCAGCCCAGCUCCCCAACUCGGCCGACCUCACCUUCCACAAGACGCUCGACCGCCCUUUUGGUCGCAGUGUUGAUGCAGAGAGCAGCAGGCUGCUUUCGCUUGUCGAGCGAGUGCGGACAUGGGUUGCAGAGAGUGCGCCGAGUGCGAGCGGUCCUGGCAGGCGAGGCCUACUUUCUGCCGGACACAAUAGGAUCAGUGGAAAGGGAAAGCAGCAGCAAGCGGUCACAGAUCGCUCAUUAGAUGAAGACGAAUUUGGGAACACUAUGGGUGACCUGAUUGACCAUCUGCUGGAGCGCGCCGACACUUGCCUUGACGAGUACGCAGGGAAGGUCGUUCCCAAAGCCUCUACAUCCAUCUCUGCCAUUUCAGGGGAACGCCAAAUGACUGGGUCGCUCCAAAACGGCAAGAAUAUGGGAAAGCUACCGCGAGAGCUACUCAACGCAUCCAUCAAUCCAUUACCGCAGACGUCGUUUAGCACACCUCCGAACAAUCGAUCCGACGUCCCUUGGACUCGUCCUUUCAAAUUCGGGAGGCCUCACGCCAAACCAACUGAUCCGGACUGGGUGCCACCCGUACCGAGAGAUGCAGAAGGAAGGCCGCUGCCAGAAGGUCCGCGACAAGGAGCGUACAUGAUGGAAGACGACCCGCGCAAACAUCCUUACCAUUACGAGAUCAUCACUUCCGAGCCACCACCUUUCGCCUUCGAGCAGCCGGGUGGCCAAGACGCAGACGGAAGCAGCGUACUCGUAAAGCCGGCCGACCUCGAUCCUGCAAAUCCCGAGGGAGAAGCUGGCGUUCCAUUUAAAUGGGUCCGCACAGUCGACGAUGUGCGUCAACUGCUGUUGCACUUACAAGAAGAUCGAGUGAAGGAUAUCGCAAUCGACCUGGAGCACCACUCCUUCCGCACCUAUCAAGGUCUUGUAUGCCUCAUGCAGCUUUCGACACGCUGGGGCGACUACAUUGUCGACACGCUUUCGGAUGAGGUGCGCGAGAACGCCGAGCUGCUCAACGAAGUGUUCGCCGACCCGGGCAAGGUGAAGGUGCUUCACGGUGCUGAUCACGACGUGCUGUGGUUGCAGCGCGAUCUUGGGCUUUACCUCGUUGGGCUGUUCGAUACGUAUCACGCGAGCCAUGUGCUCGAAAUGCCGCAGCAUGGCCUAGCGUUUCUCCUGCAGCGCUACUGCGGCUUUGAGGCGGAUAAGCGGUACCAGCUUGCCGACUGGAGGAUCCGGCCGCUACCGAAUCCGAUGGUCUACUACGCUCGCAGCGACACGCACAGCCUGCUGUACAUCUAUGACCGCAUCCGAGCGGAGCUGAGCGCGAAAGCGGGAGGCAUCGCUAGUGGUCGCGAGGCGAUUCGGCAGGUUUUUGAGAGGAGCAAGCGCACUGCGACGAAGGUGUAUGCCAAGCCCGUCUGGAGCGAAGAAGGCGAGGGAAACGAUGGGUGGAGGCAGCUGUGGAGUCGCAUGACGCUCGAGGGCAGGAAAGAGAAGGAGGAGAAGGCGCUGCUUGGGCUGGAGCACAGUAAGGAGAUGAGACUUGUCAAGGCCGUUCACAAGUGGCGAGACGAAGUUGCGAGAGAAAUGGAUGAGAGUCCACGGUACAUUCUCUCCGCGGCACAUCUCCUCUCACUCGCCAAUCGCGCACCACGCACCAAAGCAGAGGUGCUCGCGCUCUUUUCACCAGCGCUCCCGGCGCUAAGGAGCCGUGCCGACGAAGUGGCCGCGCUGAUCGACCGGGAAGUGAUCGCCUGGGAACAGGAGCGAGACACUGCGCGGGAGCGCGUGAUCAGCGGGCUGCCCGUAGGACCGGAAGUUAUGAUGUCGGAUGGGGAUGAGGGUGAAGAUGCGGGCAUCGUCAUUGCUGCUCCUGUUGCUGCUGUGCAUGUGGCAGCUAUGCAGGUCAACACAGCGAUCUGGCCUCUUUCACCACAACAACCGCACUCGUCUUCAACAUCGUUGAUAAUCGAGACGUCCAUCGCUACUCCUUCAGCACCACGUUUGUUAGCACCGCAAAGCGCCCUGUUCGACGCUGCUGAUGUCCGGCCGCAUGCAGUUGUUCGUGACGCGCCCACUCAGACGUUAAAGGCGGCAAAGAAGGCGAGGGCGACGCGCUCGCUAUUCGCCAUGCCCGAAAGCGGAAACCCAUUCGCCAACGUCAGUUUGCAGGAUCAAGAAUGCGGGGAAGAGCGAGAAGAGCAUAGAACGCGCAAGGUGAACACUAUCCGGCGUGAAUUUGCAACUGCGAUGGUGCAUGUCUUGCAAGACGGUCUUGUCAGCUCCACCACCCGUCUCCCGCCGCUCCUGGCGGCGGCUGACACAGAGUCAACAGAGCAAGCUGAUGCGAAUUUGAGUAUGGAACCCGAGACCGUUGCUUUCGUGCCAAAAGCGCAGCGCAAGACUAUUGUCGAUCGUACGAGCAGUCGAUACGAUUCGCUUUUCGUGAAACAAGCCCCGGCAUCAUCCACAGUUGAAAACGUGGAUUUCGCGAUGGCAGCUGACGAUGCGAUGGCGCAAAAUAGGAGUGCAAAUGGCCAUACGCCUGCUGGUACAAAUGCGAGUGUCGACAAAAGCGAAGACGUUGAUGCCGAAGUCAUCCAAGUGGGACGCAAGGUUGAUGAGGACAAACUCUCCCGGCGACAGGAGAAGAAGAAGCGGAAGCGGGAGCUCAAGCAGCAGCAGCAGGUAGCAUCUGCGGCAGGGGACUCAGCAAGCGUAGACGGAGAUGCUGAUGGCGCCGCUGCGCGCAUGGACGAGCAGGGCGGCUCGCCGAAUAUCUCGAAACGACGCAAGAGCGGCAACAAGAGCCAGACGACGGCCGAAUAUGAUUUCUCAAACGAGCUCAGCAUCCUCGACGCUCCUCGGCCUUCCAAGCCAGCGCCAGCGUCUGCGCCGAAGAAGAGCAGUGGUGUUGGCAAAAAGGGCAACAGCAAGGCUGCUGGAGCUGGCGGGAAAGCAGCAGGAGGGCAAGGGCCAAGUGGCAGCAGCGCACCGAGGAAGAGAAAUGAGCUGGGAAGCGGGAACAAGAGCUUCACGUUCCGGUCGUGAAGCAGAGUGCAUCUGUAGUAUGUUCAGUCGGUGAAAUUCUCACGUCUG